AUGGCUUCGCCUCUCACGAUGGGUUCCCACAACCAGCAAUGGGCAGGCGGCCAUUCGCACUCGGCACCGCCUGCCAACGACUCGGACGAGUAUGGGCUCCAGGUCAGGCCCAUGGGACGACAUGUUUCUCUCUCCUUCGCAGUCAAGGUUCACUAUACCUUCGACAGAGACAGCCAGGUGAACUGCCUGGCUCGUUGGCCACAAAUAUUACAGAUCCAAGCCAUUCCUCUCGACGAGAGGAAUUGGAUCGGCGUCGUCGACCUCAAGUUGUGCCUCCAGGCCCUCGCCCAAUGCAGCCCUGAGAUUGUCGGCCAGCCCGACACCGACUACACCGUCUAUGCCUACGACUACUCGGAGCCCGACAUGCCGCUGGUCGGACAGGGCAUGCUGUCAUGGGCCUUGGAGAUGGCGGGUGCGGCGGACGAGCCGAAAUGGGUCACGGGUCGCGUCACCAAGAAUCUGCUGGCCAUCUUCGGGAACGGCAUCAGGGAGACGCUAGAGGUGAAGCUCAAGCUUACCGCCGUGCCGAGGGUAAUGCAACGCGCCGAGCCUCAAAACAACAGCAUGAGCGACAUGCAACAGGCACCCAUGAAAAAUGCACCGACGCCGACCGACACCACCGAGUGGAACUCAUUCAUCCAGUCGAACCCGGCUCUUGGCCGCUCCGCCAACGUCGCUUCGGUACCUUCUCCCAAUCUGGGUCCGUACCGAGCCGAGAUGCCUACGAACAUGAACAUGAACAUGUCCAUGGACUCCAGGCCUAUGUCCAGGCCCAUGUCCAGGCCUUCGUCUGCAGCCCCGGCACCACCCCAGCGGCCACCCACGGCUCCUGCGCCUAUGCAAAUGGGCCCCAGUGAGGAGCCUGCCUCGGCGCCAACGUCAACACCAGUCGAGAUGCACAAGGAACCCGCUAAAGCGUCGCGGCCAUCAUCAAGAGCAUCUAGAUCAAAAGCUCCCACCGGACGACCUAGGGGCCGGCCACGCAAGAAGCCGCUUGGCGAUGGAAACACUUCAGCUGCGGAGGAGCAACCGACCGAUGCCGACGAAGGGCCCAAGAAGAAGCGGGCCAAGACCACCAAGGCAGACUAUCCGGUGAGGAACCCGCUGGACUCGGUCCCCGACUCCCUCAGGGUCGCUGCUAGUAUUUCGGGGUCUCUACGCACGAUGCGGCCGGUCGCGGCUGGAGGCGAAGGACCUGGCGCCAGCCACCUGCAAGAAGCACCCCGGGUACCAACUCCCGUCCCGCAGGGUCAUCCUUUUGGUCAGCAGCGGAAGCGACCUAUCCCUCAGGGAUCAAGACAGGGGUCGGUGGCUAGCUUUGAUGGCCAGCUAAUGUACGCGAAUACGUAUUCCGAUAUGCAUAUGCACGGCCACGAUGCCCGUUCCCCAACCGAGUCAUUCGGAAACUCUCCAGGUAUCUACACGCCAGAGGACAGUCCUGCCGAUCUCGGAUCAUCACCGCCUGUUCCCCGGACGACGCCAUACCUGCGGUCCAGCCCGCCGCCCUCGAGUCCGAUCCUGCCGCCCAUGCCCAGACACCAGCCUGACUCUGGCUUCAUGAGCGGGGGCAUUGACGAUGUAAUGUUCGAUGAUGAGGACCUCCCGCAAACACUACCUCAACAACCCGUCCAGGACGAGGCCCCGGCUCAGCCCCGUCGUGCGACCAAGGGCGGCCGGAAGAAGAACAACGCGCCGCAAAGCGACAGCUUCAACUUUCAGAUGGAGAAUCCAGGCCCGCCGGAACUUCUCCCUGCUACGAGCAUCUAUAACCCCCCAAACCAAAAGAGUCUGAACGCCAGGUCCACUAAAGUUGGCCAGCCUCCGCCUGCACCGCCCCAACUUCAACGCUCUCAGACCGAGCCCACCCCGAGACCUGAAAGCAACGAGAUGCAUUCAGCACCCGCGCCAACUAUGGCACCCCAAGGGGCGCCUCAAAUGCCAACCCAACAACAAACUCAAGAAGACCCUACACAGGCAGAUGUCGAGAACCUGAGGCUAUUGGCCAUGGCCCAGGAGUCUCGAGAAAUGCCAACCCGUAGGGAGUCCCAGACCCCACAGGUUGUGGACCAGCCUCCCGUUAAGAUCGAGGAUGCCCCAGCAGACAUUGAGGAAGUCGAACAACUCCCUGCCCCUCAACCAGAACCUCAACUACAGCCGCUACCACGCCAGCUUGCUAGAGCAGCGUCAACGAGCGCCGUGCCAGCCAGCGAUCCCCCGGUCGUCCACGCGCUGACACUGCCGCCUCCCCCGCUGCCCACGUCCUUUUCCGAAGCUCCGUGCCCGCCCAGCGACAUCGACCAGCCCACUGCGCGGAUGAACAAGAACCUCGUGAAGAAGAACACGAUCAAGGAGCGUCUGGAGAAGGCCAUAGAGAGCGGCGAGAUGCCUCCAUACUGUAUGAACUGCGGCGCGAUCGAGACCCCGACAUGGCGCAAGAUGUGGACUCAGGAUCACGAGGGAGUGCCCGGUUACUACGAGUACUCUGAAAAACCUGGUUUUGUGACGGCUAUCGAUAUCCUGGACCGGGAUGCGGAUGGCAGGCCCCAGCGGUACCGGCUAGUCAAGAAGACCCUUGGCCCCAUGGAGGACAAGAGCAAGUGGACUGAAAUGCUCCUGUGCAAUCCCUGUGGUAUCUGGCUGGGGAAGUUCAAGAGCCAUCGUCCCAAGGACCGAUGGGAAAAGGAUUCAUCGAGGCUCAACCAGCCGCGACGAAAGCGCGAGCCCAAGAGCGGCGCUGGCAACUCACGGUCCAAGAAGUCGCGCACCAAGAGCGACCCGCAGCUGCAGUUGACGUCUGAGGCUUAUUUCACCACGGACCCAAUCGGGCCGGCCGACGCGGUGCCUUCGCCUUUCGACCUUGAAGCUGCUGCCGGCAACGGCAUGGCGGGAGGUGAUUCCGGCAACAGCAACAACGACUCAGCCAGCCAGUCUUUUCCAUCAGGGUCUAACCAGGCACCUGAACCCCGGGGAUCCCCGAACCGGAACGGGCCGGGAUCUACCCACUCAAGGGGGAGCGGCACCGCCGACAGCCCGAUCGCCAUAGAGGACGAUCUCGGCGGCACGCGGAGGCUGCUCUUCCCCUCCCCGAGAAAAGACGGCGAGCCAAAAGUUCUGAGCGAUGUUUCGGUCAACACGGCCAAGAACUCCCCUACCAACAGAGCCGCCAAGCAGCAGCAGCCUGUGGGCAAGGAGAACGUGGGAGAGGAGCUCCCACCGGUGCCCGUCACGCCCGGCAUGCGAGUUGUUAACGACGACAUGGCCGAUCUGUUUGGGACACCGCCCACUGCCCGCCCCUCCACGCCGCCACCCAAGUCGGGAAGCUCGAACCCCAACGCGUUCAAGACGCCGACGCGGGCCACGCCCUCGCACCGCCCGAUCACGCGUAGCAUCUCCAAGUCGAUCCGGUCCGUCCGCUCCAUCCCCAAGUCGCCGAGCCAGGCCCUGCUCCAGCUGCAGAGGACGCCGUCCAAGACGCCGCGGUCUGGUACCUCGGGCUCUGGCGGCGGCGGCAUGAUGAUGGGGGCAGGCAGCGCGUCGUCCAAGAGCCGCCGGACCCCGGGCCGCCACCAGCACCUGCAGGGCCUGCACGCCCACUUCGCGCCCAGCUGCCUCGACUCGCCCUUCACGGCGACCAUCGACCUGCUCGUCUCCGAGGCCAACGACUUCACCGAGGGCUCCUCGGCGCACGGCCUCAUCGACUUUGACCUCGCGAGCCUGCCGAACCUGGACAGCGACGCCGCCGCCGCGAUGGGCGGCGCCGGCGUGGCGGCGAUGGACUUUGGGCAGUACCUGAGCACCGACAUGGUCAUGCCGAGCUCGUCGCCCGGCGGCGGCAGCGGCGGUGGCCGUCUGCACCACCACCACCACCACCAGCACGUGUCGUUUAGUGCGGACGGCCUGGGCGAUGACGGUUCGCAUCUGUGGGCGCAUAUCGAUCUGCAGACGGAUGUGGGGGCGAUCCAUGGGCAGAUGUAG